AGUCCUAGUCUUAGUCGAGGUUUAGUCCUGAUUUAGUUCUGGUAUAAUUACGGUUUAGUCCUGGUUAAAACCUGUUUACUCCAGGUUUAGCCCCAGUGUAGUCCUGGUUUAGUCCUGGAUUUCUGAAUGGAGCCAGUCUUUCUCGGAGCUGUUACUAUCCUGGGUUUACUUGAGCAAGCCUAUUUCUCUCUACAGGUGAUCUACGCUCGAAGGAAGUACUCUGUGUCUCCUCCCUCCAUCACCGGACCACCAGAGUUUAACCGGGUAUACAGAGCUCAAGCCAACUGUUCUGAGUACUUCCCCCUGUUCAUCACUGCUCUGUGGACUAGUGGAGUAUUCUUCAACGAAGGGCUGUCGAGUAUGUGCGGUGUCCUCUAUCUGUACGGAAGAUUGCAGUACUUCUGGGGAUAUGCCUCUUCUCCUCAGGGGCGAUUGGAUCCAUUGUACUUCUGUGCUAAGGUUCUCUGGACUUUGAUUGGAUGCUCCACCAUUGGUGUUUUUCAGUCUUUCUUCAAAAUAUAUUUACACAUGGACCUGCUUCAGAUCACCGCCACUGCCCUAGGUUUUUACUGACAGGCAACAGCUACAGUCCACAGACAUGGAAGGGCAUCUGGUUCCAAAAUGACUGGACUAGCUAGUCUUUUUUUGAGCACUUAACCUUGUUGAUCAAUCAUUUAAUUACUUGAUUUGGUGGGAUAGUACAAUAGACUGUAUAAAGAAGUAAACUAUGUGAAUCUGGCAUCACUCAUAGCGUACAGCUGCAAAUGUAGCUCAUUGAGGCUAACAGUUAUAUAGUUAUGAAAUUUGGAGCCAAGUUCCAUAUUUGGAAUUCCGACCACGAGUGUCAUAGCAACCAAAGAGCCAAUCUGAGGCGAAGCUGUUGAAGGUAAUGACCCCUCCCACCCACACGGGUGGUUUGGCAGGGAGCAUCCGCUUAGGAACGCUGUCAAUCAGACCUAUUGCUAAGGCUAGCAGGAGCAAUCUCAGGGAAAGAAGGCACCUGAUUUGUCUGUUAUUAAUGUUCAUGUCUUGAUUUAUGGACACAUUAGCAAAAUAAACAUACCUGUAUGAAUCAAAGGGUUAAUAUGAACAUUUUAAGACAAUGAGGGUAAAGUGAAUUGGAGUCAGAGUCGAUGGAGCUGAAAGCGUGUCCAUCUUCCCUUCCUGUUUGGAAAGCGGAGGCUAACGUAUUAGCUAUGUCCAUUUAUAUAUACAAUCUAUAGAUAGUACCUGUGGAAAAUAUUCUGCCCAAUUUUUACCCAGAGAUGAAAAUAUGAAUGAACUAUGUUCCAUUUGUAGUAUCUGGAAAAAUCAAGUGUUAUUCUGUAUGAAAAUGACAAAAACGUGUUUUAUGGUUGGUCACUGUUGUGUCCGAUGGUAUAAUACCUCUGUGAUUUUAAAGUGAUUUUGAUAUAAUUAAUGUGAAAAAGCUGGGGACUUUGAAUGCUCUUCAGACUUGUCCUAAUAGCAUCUAAAGGUCUGUGGACAGUUUUCAGACUUAGAGGACUUUAGAUGAUCUUCAGGCUUGUUUCUAUAGCAAAUAGUGGACCUUUGAUGGUCUUCAGACAUCUUUCUGUAAUAUUUAGGGCAAUCGAUGAAAAACAACAAAUUAAUCACAAAUCUGAAAAAGACACUAAUUAAUUGCAGUUAAUUGCAAUUAAUCACAUUGCAAUUCCUGUUUGACAAAAAACCUGCUGCCAAUUGAUUGCUUGACUCAAAAGGGGGUGUGGCAAAAGCUUUCAAAACAUUUGUGUAUCUCCAUGUAUUUGACCCAAACUGCACUCACAAGACAACACCUGCAAGGGGAGUUCAUAAAAAAUUUAUUCAGAAAUGUACUAGGAAACAAUGUAUUUUUAUAAAAACAGAUUAUAUUGUGAAUCAUGAGUUUAAUCUGCCUUUUUACAGAUAAACACCAAAUAUGACC